AUGCAUCGUUUGUGGAAUCGGGAUCUUGCUGCUGUCCUGAACUUCCGACAUAUACUUAACAAUCUGAGAUAUGAUGGGACUAUACCUGUAAGGUUCACCCGCGUCAUUCGGAUUGGGCGUAUCAGAAGACAAGCAGAAGAUCUCCAGGAGGGUCGUCGACCCACCCAAGCUACCGCUGUGUUACCCUUACGCCACACCACACGAUUUCUAUCCAUACGCUCAAGUGACGCUAGUUCACCAUUGUCAUUACCUCGUGUUCUUGUCCUCACUGACGGAGGAAUUGAGGCAAGUCUCAAGGCAACCGCUCUCGGAAGACAACUUGUGAAACACAACCUUGCUAGACUAGAGACCAAAACCUGGGUAGCAAGCAAAGCUUUAGAGAUGUUCCCUCCAAUUCUACAAAAAUACUUUAUCAAUUGGGCUUUUUCUCCUCAAAAAGAUAAAGGAGAUGAAGAUCAAUCGUUACCAUGGUAUCUAAGACCGAUUGACAAAGACAACAAAAUAAGCAAGGAUAUACCGGAUUAUGUUGUUUGCAGUGGUGUAUCCGCCGUACCUGCCUGUCUUUACAUGGCUAAACUUGAUCCCAAAAAGGUCUUUUCUGUUUACCUUGGGCACCCUGCAAUUCCUUUUAUCAGCUUUGAUCAAGUAGUCUUGCCAAAAUAUGAAGCCAAUGCAAAGAUGGCCGCAUUGGGUCCUCUUGCACGCCAAAAGAAUUGUAUCAUAACAGAGUCUUCUCUAUUGGAUCCAUACCCUUUGUGUGACGAAAACUCUCUUGCAGAAAUCAUCCCGGAUACCUUCUUGUCUCAAAAAGACUCGUCCGAUAUUACGGCUGUGGUUGUUGGUGGGUACUCGUUUGCGUGUCGCUGGUACUCAGAAGAUGCGGUUACAUUGGGUGAUAAUAUCAAGCGCAUGGUGAACAGUUUGAAUACAAAGUUGGUCAUUGUCUUUACCGAAAGAACAACCCCGAUGGUCAAGAGUGCAAUCAUGAAGUCCAUCGACAGUUUUGGGGAUAAAAGUGAUUCUGUAGCUGUGUGGGAUGUCAUGUCACUAUCAUCCGAGGGCACAGACAACACCCUAAGAAAGGUGCAACAGUAUGAAAGUCUUAUUAGCAAGGCAAAAAGAGUGGUACUGACAGCAGAUCUGGACUACCUCACAGCCCACGCUGCCUCCAGACGGAAACCUGUGUAUAUUGCCUUUGGAGGACAAUGUCGGUCUUAUUUGCUGCAAUUCCACCAGUGGGCUAGAGAAGUCCACCUGACACGCAAGUUGCGUCUUGAUCGUACAAAACACACAAAGAUAUCCGGGGAUCCAUUUAGUUAUCUUGGUCAUCAUGCAAGAUUUGCCGAUGGGUUGAAACUAUUAAAGGUGCAGCCAAUCAUGGCAGACGUCCUCCACGAGAUAGAGGCUGUUCGGGCUGAAAAGGUGACUGGAAAGCGGCGUAAGAACUAAUAAUAAUAAUAUAUGUGUGUAUAUGUAUACAAGUACACAACAUAAUAAAGAACAUUAUUUCUAUUGAAGAAAAAGAAGAAGAAAUAAAAAGAAAAAGCGUGUUGAUGCAAUGCAUGCUUAUGUGCACCG